AUGGAAUCUGGAUCAGCGAUGGAGAAUCCUCAUGAGAAGGUUCAAGUCAAUAUCUUAGCCAGAAUUAUAGGUAAUGUAGAGAGAUUGAAUCAGAGCGUAUCGACGCUUAAUCAAGAAAUGCAACGAAUAAACAACAGAAAUAAGAACUUGGAAAUGAUGGGUACGAUGUGCGAAAAUUACGGUAAGGCUAUAGAGUUCAACUUGAAGACAACCGGGAAUAAGAGACAUCCAGCAUAG